UCAGGCCGAAGGUAGGCCGGAAGUGUCCUCGGAGCGAGGGAAGGCGGGCCGGCCGGCCGGCCUUCUGGGGGCGCUGCCGGUCAUUCCUUGGCCCCGCCCAGAAGGGAGCUGCGUGGUGAACGUGAGUGGGGCGGUUUGAGCUUGGUUGCGUUCCGUUCUCCAGUGGAGCUGGGAUCAUCCGGGGUUGGGGGUGAAUCGGCUGCUUCAGGGUGUUAUGGUGUUACUGCUAUAUAUGCCGUUCUCCAUUCACUUUUCAUAAUAGUCAUACGUUUUAUCUGAUGAUGAACCACCUGGAAAUGAAACGAGCCAGAAAAAGGAGUGGAUUUCUUUCGCUAUGAUUAUUUAAGGCUGCCGUAUUGGAAUCUACAAAGAUGGAUGAAAGCGAGGAAUUGACGGAGAAGAAUAUCGACGAGGAGGCGAAAGAUGAUACAGACUUUGCCGAGAGCUUUAACCAACUGGAAUUGCUGGAGACGCACAGGCACCUGAUCCCCACCGGAACACAGAGUCUUUGGUCUGGAGAUUCUGAUGAGGAUGAUCAGGAUGAAAAAAAUGAGGAGUGGUACCAAGCCCAAGAGAAAAAGCUGGAGAACAACCCAGAUAAGCUCUUGCUCUGGGCAGCUGAAAAAAAUCGACUUAGCACGGUACAAAGGCUCCUGUCUGAAAAUCUUGCUCCAGUAAAUGUCCGGGAUGAAGACCGAUACACCCCUCUCCACCGUGCUGCCUACAACGGCCACUUAGAAGUUGUGCGUGAAUUGAUUGCCCAUGGCGCAGAUGUUCAUGCUUUAACGGUGGACAGUUGGACACCGCUCCACAGCGCAUGCAAGUGGAACAACACAAAGAUAGCCUCGUUCUUGCUUCAACACGGUGCAGAUAUCAACGCUCAGACCAAUGGCUUGCUAACGCCCCUGCACCUUGCUUCAGGAAACAGGGAGAGUAAGGAAACCCUUGAACUCCUGCUGAUGAAUCGCUAUUUGAAGCCAAAUCUCAAAAACAACCUGGAUGAAACGGCCUAUGAUAUUGCUCGCAGGACUGACAUCUAUCACUACCUGUUCGAGAUUGUCGAAAGUUGCACAAAUUCUGUGUCGGAUUCUUAGUCAUUGUCAACAUUUGAAUGUCCAAAUUGUUUCCUGCCGCCUUUUUUUGUAAUAAGUACACUUCGUAAUUGCACUCAGAGUUGGUGCUUUCAACCCAGCCUCUCAGUAUAGCUUUACUCUAUGAAAUACUGAAAUGAGGUCUCAUUUUGUGGAGAUGUCAUUAUUUUUAUAAUAAUAUAAACUACACUACCCUUAUAUUUGUGAAGCAUUUUUCACUUUUACUUGAAAAGCUUUGGGGGUGGGGAUACGGUUAACUGGAAAGGAAAAUCAGAGACAAACAGCCAAAACAACCUCCAAACAGUACUGAAGUCACCAGAUGCCCCUCUAAUCUAUUUUCUCAGCCGUUAGACUGACUCAUCUUGAAAUCAACAGUGCAGUGAAUAUUAUGGCCAAGUGCGAAAGGAGCUAAUCCAAUCUCUGCUGUAAUAUGGUAUGCCUGCCAUGAAUUGUUUGCCUUUCUUUAAAUAAAUACAGAUUGAGGCUUUUAUAAGUGGUCAUAAGAGCACCUAAACGUGUCAAAAUGAUGCAGGGGCUGUAGUGUUUUCUAGGUGGAUCUGCAAAUAGGGUCCUAGAGCCUUACUCUUUCCCACUCAUGGGUUAAAUUGGAGACACAGAUGAGCAGUUCUGUCGUGAUGGUGACACAAGCAGGUGUUUAUGGUAGUAAAGCCAGUCCUGGUGCAUGAGACGGCACAU